CAAACACGUAAAGCAGGCGAAUCCAAUUGCUUAGUGCUGCGUCACGUGGCCCGUUCCUCACGUGAUCGGCCUUCCGGAUUUGGAGUACCAGCUGCCCGGAGGGGCGAAGUAGACCUGCGGCUUGAUUGGAGACCGCAGCAGCUCUUAAAGCGAAAGAUAAGUGAAUUAGUUGCCAUCCUUCUCCCGCGAAACGUCGAUCUUCGGCUUUCUCUUCUUCUGACUGUGUGGGCACGGUGGUGUGCGCCACUGCUUGGAGUUUAUCAGCCAGCGGCAGGUGAAGACACAACGCAUCAGUAACUGGCAGUGUGCGGCAAGCGAAAGCAACAAUGUCUCAGUACACACAGUUUCCUGAUCCGGACGCAACCAAUCCAUUUCAGGACCCUGCAGUCAUUCAGCACACUGCCAACACAGGUUAUGCUACUCUUGAUCUGUACAAUCCUUUUGACAACAAUCAAGGGCCUCCUCCUCCAUAUGAACAGUCUAGUCAAAAGCCUCCUCUUGCGGUACAAACAACAGCUCAGCCUACUGCUCCUCCACAGCCUAAGAAAAGCACUCCAACAGAACCUCGAAACUAUGGCACCCAGGGUCCAGUUAAUGCUGCUACUGCAGACUUACUACGCAAGCAGGAAGAACUGGAGCGAAAGGCGGCAGAGCUGGACAGGAGAGAAAAGGAGCUGCAGAAUGCAAGUUUGGGGAAAGACACUACACGAAGAAACAACUGGCCUCCACUUCCUAGUUUCUGCCCCAUCCAGCCUUGCAUGUACCAGGAUAUUAAUGUAGAAAUCAGACAGGACCUUCAGAAGACUGUUUCUACCAUGUAUUAUUUUUGGAUGUUUUCUGCCUGUGUGCUGCUGUUUAACUUCAUUGCCAACCUUGCUCACUUCUGUGUCUUGACUUCUUCUGGAGUUGAUCUGGGACUGUCGAUUCUCUGGAUUUUGUUAUUCACACCCUGUUCAUUUCUCUGCUGGUUCCGGCCUGUGUACAAAGCUUUCAGGAGUGAUAGUUCCUUCAAUUUCUUUGUAUUUUUCUUCAUCUUCUUUGUGCAAGUUGUCCUGUAUGUCCUACAAGCAAUUGGCAUUCCAGGGUGGGGUUUCAGUGGCUGGAUUGCAAGUCUUUCUGCCUUGAAACUUAAUACAGCUGUUGCAAUUAUAAUGCUUAUUACAGCAGUCAUGUUCACGGGGCAAGCUGUCCUCGGUGUUGUUAUGCUUAAGAAAAUUCACUCAAUUUAUCGCCAGUCUGGUGCCAGCUUUCAGAAAGCUCAAGCGGAAUUUGCUUCUGGUGUUUUAUCCAAUGAAGCUGUGCGAACAGCUGCAGCUAAUGCUGCUGCCAAUGCAGCAACAGGGGCUGCGCAAGGUGCCUUCCAGGCCAAGUGAGAGUAAAAGAGUGGUGAGCUUGGAAGACAGCAUGAGAGAGCAAAAGAAAAGCAAGAAUGAAUGAAGACAAAAGGUUAAAAGCCUUGUUUCCCAUGCUUUGCUUUUCUAUGUUAAAUUAUUAGGCCAUGUUGAAAUAAUUGUCUUUUUACAAACUAAGAUUCUUUCUUGAAAAGCACUGUAAACCGUUAGAUCUGCUGUAUGUACAGUCUGAGAAGAUAAAUUAAUAAAGUACAUGGAUUAAUUCCAUGUACUGCAUGGUCAGUGGUGUAGUCUUCUUCCAUGUAAUGUAUUUUUUUUUUUUUUCCCCAGUUUCAGUCCCAACCAUAUUUCAGACACAUAAAAUUGUAAUGAACUGUUCUAAUUAAUUGUUAUCUCUAGAAAAAAGUUUUUAUGCAUUGCCAUGUAUUAUUUUUAUUAAUAUGGAGAAGCCUUAUUACUUGUGCAAAUAAAAAAUGACAAAAUCUUUAAAACAGUUUAUCAAAAAUUGUCUGAGACAUCAACAAAAACAAAUAUACAGUAGAGUGUCAGCAUAAUUGAAAAACAAAACAGGAAAAACUCUUGACAUUUCAGGACUUAAUGUUUGAAGCUCAGAAUGUCUGAUUUCUGCACUACCGGUUACUUGAGAGUUAUGUUAUGCUUUACUAUUUUUACACAGCCUUCAGAAAAGAUUCUGGAAAGCAUUUCUUAAACUAAUAUUGUUAUACACCAUCAAUCUGCAUGCUAACAGACCUGCCUUUUUUCCCUUCCUCUCCUGGUAAAUUAAACUUAAAGUAACAUCACUGUUUUGGAGUUUUGGUCACUUUGACAGUGGCCAGGUACAUCACAAUCCAAUAUUGUAAUCCCUUACGAAAUGUGUUAGCUGAGUAAAUUACAUUUCCAGAAUUUUAUGUCUGACAUUGGAUUUUUUUUCCUAACCUGUACAGUUUUAUUAAUUAUGAAUUUCUCCAAAUAAUAUGAUACUUCAUGGAAAAAAUUAAUAAUUACAGAUAGCAGAGGUAAUGGCUGAUGUUUUACAACCCUGUUCUCUUAGUAGUUAAAAAAGUGUAAUAUUUUAGGGGAAGAGUUCUAAAAAUGUUAAAAUGUAUUAAGCCAAAUGAGAAACGGCCUGCAGAUAUAGGAAACUGUGCAUGCAGCUCUAUGCCUGAAUGAGUAAACCAAAUCAUGUGAAUGUUAAUCUAUGACAAAUGUAUUAAAAACAGUGUUUACAAAUAACCUAACAUCUUUAUCUAUGAAUUUUAUCACUAUAAAUAUUUCCACAUCGCACAAUUUUAGAAUGUUCUCUGAAUUACAGUGACUGAAAUUUCAAUUUUUGUUCUUUUCACUUAGGGGUAGUUUAAUUGUUAGCACAGUUCUGUGUACUGUAAUGUCAUUUACUUGGAGAGACCUCUGGUAAAACUGUGGUGACAAUUACCAGAACUGGUGACAGUUGUUUGGUAGAUUUUGUGUGAAUAUUUCCACAAAAUAAAUUUCCACUCUGUCAUUUAUAAAAUAAAGAGAUACAUUUUGUGUCAAACUCAAAUGUAGCAAAGUAUACUGUACAUACAUUUUGUGAAAAUGUCCUGAUCUGCAGUGAUCACUUUAAGUAAUUUCUCCACUAAAAAUAGAGAAAGCCAAAUAUUUAUCCAUGGAUUCUUUUUUCCUAUUGUAAGACAUUGAAAGAAAAUUAAAAUCACAGUUUUCCAUUAUGCUGAACAAACUGCUUUUCUUGUCUAGUAUGGACUUGAUGCUUAAUAAGUUAAGAGUCCUGCCCCAAUACUUAUGAGAGUAUCUUUUCAUGUACACAAACCUAAAAGCUUAAUUAGGGAGCAUUUAGUUUAAAUGGUUUCUGGAUUUUGAUGAUCAUAAAAGGAAAUAUUUGACACAGGUGUGGUUAGAUAGUCUCAGGUGCACUGUGUCUUUUUAGUCUCUCUUCUGUAAGACACUUGUAAUACAGUAGAAACAGUGAUUCAGUGAGUGUGUCAUUUCUGAGGGCAAGCAUGAUUAUGUUGCUGCUAGUUAAGGUGUAAGGUCCCGCCAUAUGUGCUGUGUAAGUGUAUCUUUUAUUAAGAAAGGAGAACCUCCAAAUAAGUGCAGCUAAGUAUUUAAGUCCAAAAUUCUUCAGAGAAUGUUUUUAUUAAGUGAGUAUAUUGGCAUUUGAAUUUUUGGAAAAGGGAUCUUUGCAUUUUGUGUUGUUUAUGACUUGUAAAGCAUGCUUGGAUCUGUGGGGGAAGGGCGGGUCAGUUCUUGUUGUAUUUCAGUGCAAAAUAGAGAUAGGAAGUUAUGAUACCCACCCCAGCGGUAAUCACAUGUUGAUGUUACUCUGCAUGAAGCUGCAUGGCUUCGUAUGGGUGAAUUAUUAGCCAAUGAAAGUGUCCCACACCUAUCACAAAAUAUGUAGGCCUCUGGACUGCAUGGACACUAAAAAGAAUUGUUUGGAAUCAUGGAUUAGGAAAGAAAACAAAAGGUGCCAGCAUACUAAAUGUGUUGCAUUAAAAUUUGUGCACAAAGCAUAAAAAGUGCAUAGUAGGCAUUAUCAAUUUUUUUUUCACCAGCAGUAUCUGGUAAUGUGCCAAGUUAACAUUUUCUUUUUAAUUUAAAAAUGCUGUAAUAAAAUAAAGUAACAUUUUCUUCA